GGGGACACGGAACACAGACGUAUAAGAAAAACGGAAGCGUUCACUUGGUAACAGUUCUAUCCGGAUCAUUUUCCCCAGGGCUCAAUUUUCACACUUCUCUAUGCUUAGCGAUAAUGUCACUUCGGCGCUGAAAGGUUAAACACAGAAGAAGGAAGAUGGAGGACAUAAAGACCGAGCCUGUGGAUUUUGUGAGGGAAUUUCAAGAAUACCUAACACAGCAAACUCAGCAUGUCAACAUGAUCUCGGGCUCUGUUUGCGGAGAAAAAGAAUCAGGGGAGCCGUUUCACACCGCUGCGCCCAGGAGUGAGCAGAAUGGUCUGGACCCUCCGUCUGUGGAGGUGAGCCUGUCAAUGGAGGACGGGUCAGACGUACAGAUGGACGGGCUGGAGAGGACCUGCGAUGGAAAGUACAAGUGCAGCUACUGCAGCUAUGCCAACAAGGGCAUGGCUCGUUUAAUAGAGCACAUCCGCAUCCACACAGGCGAAAAGCCUCACCGCUGCCAGCUGUGCUCAUUUGCCUCGGCAUACGAGCGCCACUUGGAAGCCCACAUGCGCUCACACACAGGAGAGAAGCCGUACAAGUGUGACCUCUGCACCUUCCGCUGUAGCGACCGCAGCAACCUGUCGCAUCACCGCCGCCGACGCCACAAGCUACUGCCCACCAGAGUCGUCCGCUCGCCUUUCUCCAACAAGAGAAUGUUGGGCUCCUUGCAGAAGAGGACCGGCUCGCUGGGCUUCAGCAGGCGGCUGCUCCUCAACUUCAACCCUAACUCCAUGGUUUUGCCAAAGACGGAUUAUCUGAACGACUUGUCUCACAAGAUCCACCACCAUUUGAACAGUAGUGAGUAUAAGAACCUUCCCAAGGGAGAUGAGAACGACAGUCGCAACAGAGCUGCUAAUGGUUUGACUUUUAAUAACCCACUGGACCAGCUGUCUACACUUGCUGGCCAGUUGGCCGACCUUCACCCCGAGUCUCAGACUCCUCCAUCCCCAGACAGGGAGUCCUUAAUAGACGAGAAGCCCAUCCUCAUACAACAGGUUUCUAGUGAACACGAUGCAUCGUGUUCAAACGGAGUGCAGACUUCACCACCUAAAAAAGAAUCCCCCACCUCAGGACACGGGAGUUGCAGUCCUGUUCCCGGCCUCGUCUUUGAGAACACCAUGAACACUCUUACUGCGAGUGUAAGCAACAGCCAGCCGAGCACACCCGCCCCUGCCCUGACCGCAUCAGACCAACAGCUCUUACAUAGGUGCCAGCAUUGUCAUAUUCACUUUCUGGAUAAUAUCCUCUACACCAUUCACAUGGGCUGCCACGGCUACGAACAUCCAUUCCAGUGCAACAUCUGUGGUCACAUGUGCGUAGACCGGUACGAUUUUGCAUGCCAUUUUGCCCGUGGACAACAUAAGUGAUUCCUUGCAACAUGGAUGCAUAUAUUCUCGUGUUUUCAAUAUAUUGCUUGUACAGCAUCUAAAAUGGUGACACUGAUUUACAUUUUAAAUAACUGUUAUAUACAGUUUUACUAUUCCUUUUUUAUUUAAUGCUCACUAACUGCACUAUAUUGUUGCCUUACUGCAGUUCUAAAUUGCUCCUUACUUUGAGCUUUUCAUAUUAGUUUUGGAUUGUUGCAUUCAAACGGUGGACAAAACAACAGAAACAUCUUGCAAUACAGCAGCUCUGCAGCAAAAACACAAAAUGAAGCUCACAAAGUUUCAUUUCAACUCGCCCUAGAUUCGGUAUUUGGUAGGCCAUUGUGACCACUAUCCCUUUUUGCCAAUGCAGCCACUUGCGUUUGGCAUAUUAUCAUGAUUUUAGGGACUCGCCAUGUCUCAUUAUUUUGUAGUGAGUCAGCAGGAUUUUACUUACAGGCAGCUAUAUAUGUGACAUGUUUAAUAAAACAGCAAUUAACAGUAUUUAACACCAAACAUUAUGAGCUUCACCAGCUCAGUAUUCAUUGGGGCUGUUACAAGUGUAAUUUUGCCCACCAUCUGUAAAUCGCUUGUUUGUUUUUUUUUUUAACAAUAUCUUUAUUGGAUUUAAAUUUUCCAAAAAGACAUACAUGAACGAAUAACAGCAGAGAGGUGUCUAAAAGGGUACAGACGUACCCUUACACUCAUACACCGUCAGAACAAAUUUUUCAUAUUGUACACACUUGCUCCAUACAACUGUACCCACAAGACAAAACUGAAACAUGGCGGUCCGGGGGCCUCCUCAAUGAAGGCACAUAAUCAUGAGUCCACAGAAGACAUUAACAUAUAGUCCAGAGAGCAGGAGAAGAAGAAACUGGAUCGUGCAAAGGGUGCACCUAUACUGCCCGUCCAUCAGGCGCGACAAAUCAUUGUCCUUCAUAUAUGAUGAAACGACCCCAUACAUUCUGAAAUACCUCCUGUCUGUCCUUAAGAGUGUAAGAAUUAAGGUAAACAAGAAGUUAAUUCCCUAAACCACACAGUGAUAGCAGGUUUACCAAAGUUUUUCCAUGUUAAAGCUAUUGUCCUUUUCGCUUGUAGGUCUAAUUAUACACCAACCUUUUCCGUCACCUGGACACAUGCUCGCUGUGAGAAAUGCAAGUGGGAUGUUCAGGCUGACAGCCCAAUCAGCACAUUAUUCUGUUUAAAGCAAGUGUGUGUUCAGCCAUACUUAUAAUCAUGCUCUGAUAUUUAUUUAUUUAUACCUCACUCCAUAGACUGCAGAAGGUGUCAACCAAAUCAAUCAGUAAUAUUUUAGAUAGAUUUCAAUAUUGUUUUUGUUACUAAUCUAUACGCAUAAAACAAUUUUCUACAAUUAUUUAUCAUUAUUGUCUUGCAUAGUUUUUGGUAGUGUAGCCUAUGUACCAAUUUUUUGUACAAAAUCUAAUUUCACUGUAGCCACUUCUCAUAUAUACACAUAUAUAUAGUAGCAGAUAUUGAGACACUGUAAAGAUCCCUGUGACUAUAAAUGUGUAGUCAUUUUAAUUAGUAGCUUUGGUUUGAGACUGUGUACGGUAGAUGGCCACGUGUUUCGAUGUAUCUUGAGUUUGACGAUUACCAGAUAACAUUAAAGAAACAUUUUCUUUUCUUCACUUGGUGCCACAAUGGUUCACAAACUGAGGAGCAGGUGAUAAGCAAAAGUACAUUUUAUUUACACUGAAUUAAAUAGAGCACAUUCACUGGUGACUUUUGACACGAUUAAAUCUGACUUUGUGAAAAUUUAAUAAAACAUUCAAGUCAUUUAUUUUCA